UCCGAUGAGGCUUCUCCGCCUCUACCUCCACCUCCGAUCGCUUUUCAAGAUCCUCCUAGUGAAUUUCCUGAGGGAAGAGACAAAAUAGACCAGGAGACUGCAAACGGUGUUGGCCACUCACUUGUCUUGGGUGUGGUUACCGAGCUGUCUUCAGUGGACGUUGCUAGUCGACCACCAGCCAUCGUGGCGACCGAUUCACCCAGUCCACAUUGCGGUCAAGCCCGAGGGACGUCACGUAGCGAGGCGCACAGCCUCCUUGUCGCUAUCACCAUCGCCUCCUCCACCACCACAACUGCCACAAUCACAGAUGUUCUCUCCACCACCCCCGCCACCUCCACCUCCAGCAAGGAAGUCGUCCACUUCAUUUAG